CAGGCAAGCGAUGACGUAGACGAUGGGCCAGAUCCGCUUUGAGGUCUUGGUGAGACCACCAGCGCCGGGCCUGGACUGAUGCCAGCGACGCGUCAUAUCCGGAAGCCGGUCAAAGACGAUGAGAGACGGUGAAUGACGGUUCGAGAGGUGACGAUGACCAAGUCGGGAAUUGGUGUGGUGCUCGCCCGUUGCAGGCAGGGUUGGGUUGCUCCUGCCGAGCCCUGCGCUGCACGGAUCACUGAAUCGCAUCAGGCAUCUGGCGCUACCUAUCUACAGCUUCCCAGGAGUGUUUAUGUAAAGCUUCACCAAGCUCGGAGAGAUUAUCUCUAGCUGUUGCUGCUUCAGGACAUCAUGUCCACCGCCGUCUGGCCACCCAUCGAUCCUCGACAGCUGGCCGAGGAGCAGACGGCUUCACAGGCCCGCGAGCUCGAAUGGCUCAUAGGAGAGUUGCGGGAGUCUUUGCAGUCGCUCAAAGCAGGUCUGGAGGAGUGCGCUGCUUUGCUGGCCCCGUCCGAGCAUGGGUCGACGCUUGUCCUCUCCUCUAUGCGCUCUGAGAGCUUGAAGGGCGUAGUAACACGCGUCGGCACCCGCAUUGUCAAGGGCAACAUCAAGCUCCGCCUCCCCAGUCUUCCUCCGCCGCGUGGAGCAUCGUCCUACGACCUGAGCAUAUCCACGGCACCGACCGCCCCCGACCUUGUCAUCCACCAACUAAGCUCCGUCAAGAACGCGAUAAACCACUCUCUCGAUGUCAUCGAUGUCACCACCUGGGCGGGAGACUCGAAGAAUGCAGAUUACAUUGCCGGGCAGAUGCAGCUGCUCGCGGACAACGUUCGGGAAGCACGGCAGGCUCUGAAAGGCUACUCAGACGUUCAGAUGCCAUGGUGGAAGGAUCCCAUUGACGACAAGACAUUUGAUCCGCCGCUGCCGCCGAAUGUCUCCUUCCAUCUCUCCAUCUUCGAUGCUGCCCUGCUGCUCGAGAUCCGCACACUCGAGAUACUAGAACCUGGCGAGACACACUCGGGAUUCAGCUUCCGUAAUACUCUGGCGGUGGCUUGGGGAGGUGCGCGCCAUCCUCCGCACGAUGAAGCGGAUCGAACGUUUACCUACAAAGGACGCGAAGUGCGGGUCAAGGAGAAGAUCCGGAUUGAGAGCCAGGAUCCGGCGCUGAUGGCUGUCAUGGCAAAAUUCGGAGCCGUCAGUCACAGCAUUUCGCUGAGCUUGAAGGCUCUCAACAUCGUAAUGGGCCGCGAUGAGAGCUCCGAGCCCCUCAUCUGCUGAUUUGCGUCUUUAUGCUUUCUCCACGGACGGUUGCAGAGUUGCGGAGGUCCAGCCCAAAAUCUCCGCGGUAUUACCCGACCGGGAUUAGCGUUCGUGGGGCUUUAUCGAUAUCGGAACAAGAAAAGAUCCCAUUGCGUGAUCGCAGCUAUACUUUAUCGUGGAGGAUAAAAAGUUAACUCUGAUAAAGCAUACAUCGUCCCUUCGCAGCGCAAUUCUUCUUAUAUUCUGCCGCAGCGGCGUCUCCCUAUUACUCCUGCCACCGAUCGCCACUAUGGCUCCAGCAC